CACGUCCGCUCUGCUUCCUUGUUCCCUGUGUUUACCUCCUCAGCAUGUUUGUCCACAAUGGAGGUUUUUCGGUUGUGUACGUGUGUUUUAGUUGCCGCUGUCACGUCGCUGGGCUCUUCAGCGGGUCGUGAAAACACGAAGACUUUUGAAACUCACUCAGACAWAAACAAUAGCACUGUCCUGGGUGAUUUCGAGACGUUUAGAAAAAAGUUUCGCCGUCUUCACGAAGUUAGCAACGAGRAAUUUCUUCUUCGUCAACAUUACUUUCAGAAUGCUACACUGCGACAUAUAUACCUGAACUCAUUUUCUACAGAACCACAGUCUGCCAGGUAUGGCAUCAACCAGUUCUCUGACCUCUCACAGACGGAAUUCAGGGAUAUUUACCUGCGAGCAGUAGGAGGCACAGCUCCUGUCUUCUCUGGACAGACUAUAAAGGGGCUCCCCGCCAAGUUUGACUGGAGGGACAAGGGGGUGGUGGCGCYGGUCCAGAACCAAUUAGCAUGUGGGAGUUGCUGGGCUUUUAGUGUGGUCGGUGCCAUCCAGUCUGCCUGUGCUAUCGGAGGCUCACAGCUGGAGCAGCUCAGUGUGCAGCAGGCUGUGGACUGCUCCUACAACAACGAGGGCUGCGAUGGAGGCUCCCCCUCUCAGGCUCUGUCUUGGUUGGAACAGACCAAAGUGAAGUUGGUGACUCAGUCGGAGUACCCAUACAAGGCCAAAAUGGGAAUCUGCCAUUUCUUCUCCUCGGCACACAGUGGCGUUACUCUGAAGAACUAUACAGUCCACAACUUUGGUGGUCAAGAGGAGGCGAUGAUGGGUCAGCUGGUGCAGUCCGGUCCGCUGGUUGUAACCGUGGAUGCUGUCAGCUGGCAGGAUUACCUUGGAGGCAUAAUCCAGCACCACUGCUCCAGACAGUGGUCCAACCAUGCCGUUCUGGUUGUUGGAUAUGACACGACCGGGGAAGUCCCGUACUGGAUUGUGCAGAACUCCUGGGGCACCACAUGGGGAAACGAGGGUUAUGUUUAUAUAAAAAUMGGUGGUAAUGUCUGUGGUAUCGCAGAUUCCGUGGCCGCUGUUUUUCUUUGACAGUCACUGAAGUCGUCCUGCGUGUUUGUGUGAGUCCUGGCGUCUGAGUGCUUCCCAAUGAAAUAACCCGUUUGUCUUCAGUCUCACUUUGAAUAAUGCUUUUAUUGAAAUGUAACCAUCUUGCAUCACUACAACAAAAUAAAUCACUUCAUAUGUU